AUGGAGAAACACGCAACGGACAGGGGUUUUUGUCUGUGCCACUUGAUUUGUGUGUGGUAUCAUACUGGAAGGAUCGGACUAUACUUAGGAUUCUACAAUGUGGGCUAUGCGGAGGACCUGAGGAAAUUGAAGUGCGACGAGCAACUAUACGUGCAUAUAAUGGCCGUGGUUAAUUUGUUCUCCAGUUGGCUGUAUCUCUGCUUCAGUCAUCGAUGGAUCUACGACCAGUUUGUGUUUCUGCUCUAUGUACCUGUUUAUGUGUACUUUCUGAUCCUCAGAAGACAUCUGACUGAGCUUCUUAAUGAAUGUGCUGGCGUACACAAAUCGAUGCAAAGGAUUCUGGGCAGCCGGCUGUGUGUGAAGAUCUAUAGAGAAUGUAUCCACACUUUACUGCUGCUGAUAAUGUUUACUUUGCUGAUUUUAUGGCAACUGAGAAUAUACUCGGUAUAUCAGAGUGUCUUUAUUUUCGGAGUGGGAUUUAUCUACCACUUUGUGCUUCUGUUUUUUGGAUACUAUCUCAUUUGGCUUAGCUGUAUUUAUAGAUCCCUGAAUGGGUUCCUUUGUCAUGACAUGAGAAGUGAUAGAUUGUACAUUUUAAGAGGAGUGUUAAGACAACAAGCAAAUGUUUGGCGCGUGCAUCGAAAUGUCACUAGAUAUUUUGCAUUGCAUAUUAUAAGUUUUAUGGUGCAGCCAGGCGUAAGGAUGCUAAUGAUCAUCAAGAGCUCUGAUCAGCACGUAAACAUUCAAAUAAUUUAUUUAACGCUUCAUUUAAUUCUGCUAUCCUUGUUCUUCGCCAUCGCCACAAACGCACAAAACCAACAUCGAAGGUUCCAAAAGAAUUACCUAAAGUUAAAAGAUAAUCCCAACCAUUUUGUCUUAAAAUCCUGGCGUCUUUUGCAACACAGAACUUUGCCAAAGGCUUUUGGAGUGACACUGAUGAGAAAGCGAGAAAAAUGUUCACACAAACAAGAUGUGGUCACCAUGAUGUUUGCCAACGACUUUCCAGUUAUACAAUUGACAAACAAAGCAUUUUAUUUAACAACUUUUGACUUCAAAGGUCUUAAGUUUGGAAUUUCCUUAUUAAUGCUGACGAGCUGUCUAAAAACCCACAUCCGUGAACUUCUCCUAUUGCUUUUUAUUCGCUUAAACUUCUCCAAAAAUUUAAGUUUCCAGGGCUAUGAGUAUGAGUCGCAGGACGAUUUCAAUGGCAAUGUUACCCAAACAAUUAGUCAAGUCUACCGCUUUUAUUUCUAUGAUGAGUUUGAGUGA